CGGGUCAGAAUGCACCAGCUGUUCAGUCAGGUGCUGGACCAGAGAGAUCUGUCCAGAGCAGGAGAUCUGUUUUCUCUAGAGGACACAGAGAUCGAAGACUGUCUGUCUCAAGCUCUGGACCAGAUCAAGGACAUCUCCUGCUCACCUGACUAUUUGACCAACGACAAUGAUCAGGCUGUGGUAGAGAUCUGCAUCACACGAAUCACCACAGCCAUCAGAGAGACCGGCUCCAUCGAGAGGCACAGCACGGCACUCGUGGGUCUGUGGGAGUCGUGUCUGGAGCACAACCUGACCCCUCAAGGGGAAAACACAGAGGACAUGCCGCAUGCUAAGAUAGCCUCUGAUAUCACCAGCUGUAUCCUACAGAACUACAGCUGUCCACUGGUCAUGGUGCUUGCUGUCCCGGUGGCGGUGCGCUUCCUGCAGAGGGGGAACAGGGAACUCAGCAGGAACAUGUCCAGUUAUCUCUCCCUGGUUGCUAUAGCCAAGGCUGACCUGCUGGCUGAACACACAGAGGCCAUAACGCUCAGUGUGAUGGGAGGUAAUCACAUGCUGCUACGAGUUCUACCCUCAUUUUAUCCCAAACAACCACAUACCAUCCACUGUCACCUGAGCAGCCUUACAGCAAUGAUGACACAGCUGGAAUCACCAGAGAAACCACAUCUGAUCUGUCUUAUUCAAAUGGUUGCUGACCAGCACCCACUUAUGCUGGGUCCUCAGGUUCCUUCACUGAUCAGUUAUCUGAGUGACCACUCUCUGACGGAGGCUCUGCUCGGUGCUCUGGUCGAUGUGUCACAGGCCAGUCCCUCGUCAUUCACCAGCUUUCUGCCCGCACUGAGGAUUGUGGGACAGCAGUCUACUGCUCUGCUGGGUAAUGUGGCCAGAAUUCAUGGUGCUGUCGGCAUCAUCAACGAGACGUAUGCUCACAGCUCUUUGAUCUACCUGGUGUCUCUUCUGGGCAGCACUGACCACAGCUUUCACCACACCCUGCUGCAGGAAAUCAGAGCUCUUACUGACCGUUACCCGUCUGUACUGGGAGGCAGCGGCAAAGACAUCUACAGGAUGAGCAACUCCUUCACUGCUAUAGCCAGGCUGCUGGGGCGUCGACUGGAGGAAAGAGCUGCUGCUCCUUGCAGAGUGGACGAGGCUGGUCCUUCUCUUUUAGCUGGUAGAGGAGGAGGAGGGGCGUCAGAGCAGUUGCUGCAGGUAAAAAUCCAGAGUUUUGAUGAGAAAAUGGGAGACGUGGUGGCGGAGGAGGAGGAGGUGGGGAAGGACUCCCCAGCUCCUCAGCGAUGCUACAGCCUGAGCCAAGCCGUCAGGGAGGAGAGACGGGAAAUGAGAUUCAACAGAUCAAAGAGCCUGGCUCUCCAUAUAGUGCGUUCGCGCUCCAUCAACUCAGACACAGGGGAGGACUGUCAAGGGGCGGAGCCAAACCCUGACAGCUGCUUCUCCAACACCUUGUCUACUCAGCACCCCAAAAACUGUGAAGUUUUAUCAUCUGAGAGGAGACUGACAGGUGACAGCUUCCAGCCUGUCACAGCUCCACCAAACGCAGACACCAAACGGAAGACUGAAACUGCUCCGAGUGGAGGAGUGAACAGAAGGAAGGAGGAGGAGGAGGAAGAUGAUAAACUCUUCAUCUAUUUACAAGACAACAUGGAGAUGAUAAAAGAGUUCUGUAAGAACAUGGUGCGGCAGAUCCCAGUGCCAGAGCACUGUGUGAUAGAAGACUCUAAUGGAGGCUGUGUGGCCAAGCUUUCAUUCUCCUGCCCUCUGAAGGGAUUCUACUGCCUUUACGCCAAGUCCUUCUUCAACCUGACGAGCACACAACCUCACCUAUGGAUUCACAUCAUGCUGCUGCAUUUACAGAGUGAGUCCAGUGUCCCGCUGUCCUCCAGAGACAAGUGUGUCCAAAGAUUGGCUUUUCUCUGGGAGAAGACGCAGCUUAAAGGCUCUCACAGUUUUUCUAUGGCCAUGACACAGAACACCACCCCACUGAGGAAGGAUCUGGAUAACCUUCAGAUGCAGCUGGAGGAGGUGCGGUUCUUUGACCUUUUUGGUUACAGUGAGGACGAGGGAAGUUGGCUCUGCUUCAUGUGCAACAACCCUGAGAAGGCCACAGUUGUGAACCAGGAGGGACAACCUCUAAUCGAAGGGAAGCUGAAAGAGAAGCAGGUGCGAUGGAAGUUCAUUAAAAGAUGGAAAACGCGUUACUUCACCUUGGCAGGAAACCAGCUGCUGUUUCGCAGAGGAAAAUCAAAAGAUGAGAUGGAUGACAUCCCUAUUGAGCUGAGCAAGGUGCAGAGUGUCAAGGUAGUAGCUAAAAAACGCAGAGAUCGGGGUCUGCCCCGGGCCUUUGAAAUCUUUACAGACAGAAAGUCGUACGUGCUGAAAGCUGAGGAUGAGAAGCACGCCGAGGAGUGGCUGCAGUGCAUCAACGUGGCUGUGGCUCAGGCCAGGGAGAAGGAGAACAGAGAGGCCACCACCUACCUGUGA